UUAUGGUCUAAUUGAAAAGGCAGACAACUUUGAUCACACUGCAACAGUUGAACUGCACAAAAAACGAAGUACAACUUGGACUGGCUAAAAUUAAUCGAGUACCUUCUAAUGGGGAUGAUCAAACGAUUAAUCGUCUAGCAGCUAAAGCCUUGAUUCGUGAACUUCAACAUUUCAAACAACCGUCUUCAGCGGCUGUUAACAAAGGUUCACUUCAAACACGUUUUCAACAACAAGAAGAAGAGGAAAAGGAGACCACUAUACCUCUACCUCCAAAGUAUGACAGUAAACAGCGUAUUCUUGAUCUCUCAUUAAAAUACAAUAUUCUUUCACCACACACCUCGUUUGUUGGCAUUGAAAAGAGAGCGAAUGGAAGUAAUACUGAUAUGGUCUUGCGUGAAGUACCAAUUCAGAUAUCAGCUGAUGAUCAACAUUUACUCGAUCUCGGAUUUCGAUCUUCUAUGGUGGACCAAAGUUUCGCAAUAUUGCCAUGCCAACGGAUGCCUCAGGCGAACGGUUUUAGGUUGUUCUCUUCGUCAAACAACAAGAGCAGUUGUUCAUAUCAAUCCGCAGCAGCAACAAGGAGAACGGGACUAGUAUCAUUAGUGAAUGUGAAAAAUGACAUCAAUUCAACUGUCAACACAAUGCGUAGUAAUUUAAAUAAUAUAUUGGAGCGAAAAAAUUCACUUAGUACUAUCGAAAGGAGAUCGGAUGAUCUUACCCUUCAUGCCAGUACGUUCUCAGCAAAAGCAAAAAAAGUAAAAAGUGAAAAAGCAGCACCGUCAACGGAACCACUAUGGCCAAAAUCUAAACAAGACAUUGUCCGACAUUUAAUCGACUUACAGAAAUUUGACGGUCUUUGGAAUUUAACAAAUGAACAAAUUGAAAAACUGACAAACAAAUCACUGUCCUCCUAUCAAUCACAACACACAACUGAGCAGCACAUCAUUUCAUCUGCCAUCGUUAUCGUUGUUUUAGAACAAAAACAUUUUGAAGAACAAAAGAAACUGUGGCAAGCAUGUGUUGACAAGACCAAACGACGUUUAAUUGAAUUACUAGGUGGAAAUGAUAGCCUGGAACUGUUACUACAAGAAAUGAGGGAACAAGUUUCGACUAGUACAUCACUCGGUAACUUUUUUACGAGACUGUUUAAGUAA